AUGGAGGGAAAGCUGAUUGUAGUUAGAAAGUUGUAUGCAUACAAUUUAAGGGCAGACUUUUCCAUCAUUGAGCAAAAUCUUGCAACUUAUCACUUCAUAGCGGUAGAUACAGAGUUUCCAGGAACAAUAUUUCGCAGCCAAGAACCUUAUCACCAGCUCUCACCUGAAGAAAAUUACCAGUUGAUGAAAGAGAAUGUCAACAGUCUAAAACUUACUCAGUUGGGCCUUACGCUAUCAGACUCGAGUGGCAAGCUUCCUAAUUUGGUUACUGAUAGGUUGGGAUUUUCUUUAAGAUCAUUCACAGGGUGCAAAAGAGAGUAUGAUCCUCGCAAACUAACGUGGGUGUUCUUUCAUAGCACGUAUGACGUGGGCUACCUUAUCAAAGUUCUAACUCAGCAAGAUUUGUCGAAAAAUCACGUUAGAUUCAUGGCCUUAGUGAUGAUCUAUCUUGGGACUUCAGUUUUUUAUGUCAAGGAAAUUGUUAAACCAUUGGGCUGGCAAGUUGACCUAGAGAAAGUGGCAGCGUAUUUGGGGGUUAAUCGAGUGCAAUGA